UUAAAGAUAUAUAUAAUGAAUUCACUCAAGACAAAAUAAGGACAUAGAAUACCAAUUGAUAAAUUGCCAAUUGUCAUUUUUUUCUUAUUAUUUUUUAUCAUUAUUUAAAUUCCAAUCAAUUCAUUCAGAAAUUUUUUUUUAAUUGGUCAAUUUAACCACAGCACAUGGUAGAGCCUCCGGAGGGAUGUGCUCUUGAUCACAUCGUUGUUGAAACAUGACAGAAUUUGACGCACUGCACACACACUGAUGGUCCGUUGACAGUGAAAGGUCAGGGUGAGUCUUGAUAAUCAUCUCAUGUACACUCGCAACAUGUCCUGCUCCUUCUCCUUCUUCAUCUCUUUCUUCUUCUCCCCGCGUCUGUGUCGCCUUCUCAUGCACGUUCAUGCCGACAGUACACGCCUGCUGGACUCACACAAGACACGUGACGCAAAUAAAACAAGUGUUUUCACACUCCACUUAAAGAGCUGAGACUCUUGCUUCUCCAGACACACAAACACGUUGUUUGAUUCUCAUCAUCAUACAUUUCUAUUGCCAAUAGGUCCUGAUUAUCACAAACCAAAGGUCUCAGGGCCAAAACAAUUCAAGCAGAACGCACACACGCGCACACACGCACAGAAACACAACAGAGUAUCCUGUGAUAGAACCACUAUCAGCACCUGACACCUCGAAAACAGGAAAAACGUUUCAGCAGGAACACAGAUGUGCUGGAGUGUUUAGGGGAGGGGCAUGAACACAGCUAUAAAACCCCUCUGGAGAGAAGUCUGUCUCAACUUCACUCUGCUGAGAAACGAGCGGGACUGUCUCCGUCAUGUCGUACUACGAGCAUAUCCUCUUGGACUACGACUCAAAUGAUACGGGUUCGGGUUCUGGUUCUGGUUCUGGUGAGCUGGGGAUGGAUCUGCAGGAGCCCUGCCAGGUGGAACACGUGAUGACCUCUGAGCUUCAGCAGGUCUUCUUGCCCGUGGUCUACGCGCUCAUCUUCACCCUGGGCAUCACCGGAAAUGGCCUGGUCGUCUUCGUGCUGGGCUGCCAGCGCAGGUCCAAAUGCAGCCUCACAGACCGGUACCGCCUCCAUCUCUCAGCUGCCGACCUCCUCUUUGUCCUGGCACUGCCCUUCUGGGCCGUGGAUGCCGCCCUGAACGACUGGCGCUUCGGGCCGGCCACCUGCAUCGGCGUGCAAGUUAUCUACACCGUGAACCUGUACGGCAGCGUGCUCAUCCUGGCAUUCAUCAGCCUGGACCGCUACCUGGCGGUGGUCCGAGCCACAGAUACCAACACCGGUGGGCUGAGGCAGCUGCUGGCACACAGACUGGUGUAUGUAGGUGCCUGGUUGCCUGCUGGUCUGUUGGCAGUGCCAGACAUGAUAUUUGCCAGGACUCAGGAAGGAGGAGAGGGGGCCACUCUGUGUCAGCGGUUCUACCCAGCAGACAAUGCUCCUCUCUGGGUGGCAGUGUUCCACCUGCAGCUGGUCCUCGUGGGUCUGGUGAUCCCCGGCCUAGUGCUGCUGGUGUGCUACUGCGUCAUCGUCACCAGGCUGACCCGGGGCCCGCUGGGGGGCCAGCGGCAGAAGCGGCGAGCGGUCAGGACCACCAUCGCGUUGGUGCUCUGCUUCUUCGUGUGCUGGCUGCCCUAUGGGGCGGGCAUCUCCGUGGACGCCCUGCUGCGCCUGGAGGUCCUGCCCCGCAGCUGCAGCCUGGAGGCUGUCCUUGGCGUGUGGCUGGCGGUGGCUGAGCCCAUGGCGUUCUCACACUGCUGCCUGAACCCACUGCUCUAUGCCUUCCUGGGUGCCGGGUUUAAGAGUUCAGCCCGCAGAGCCCUCACUCUGAGCCGGGCCUCCAGUUUGAAGAUUUUGCCACGAAGAAGAACUGGGGCCUCCACGACCACAGAAUCAGAGUCCUCCAGUUUACAUUCCAGCUAGUGUUGACCUGCGCUGUUGGGUGUGUGUGUGUGUGGUGUAUAUACUGUUAUUUGUGUGUGUGUGUGUGCAUGUGUGUGUGUGUGUGUGUGUGUGUGUGUUUACACAAAGUAUGUUGUAUCUGAGAAGAUGAGGAGCAGUCUGCUGGCCCACGACUCGUCCUCUCCCUCAUCGUGGGGGUUUUUCUCUUGUAAAUAUUGCUUUAAAAAAGUUUUCAGUUCUGGCGUGUUUGUACCGUUUUGCACAUGUUUGUAAUAAAAUGAAAAAAACAA